UGUGAAACGAUGUCGGGUGGUGAUCAUAAUCAUGUUUCUGCUCAUGACAAUGCCGUAUUGAACAGAAUAUUCAAUCCCAAUUUACCAUACGGCGAUGUUGUAGACGAAGAAGAAGUGGAGAAUGAAACUGAGGAAGAAACUGAUGAAAUUAAAGUCUCAAAGCAGCUAGAAAUUGAGGGGGUCCAAGCAGCUGAGAGUGGGGACAUAGAGACAGCAUUAAAUUCAUUCUCGAAGGCCAUUCAGAACACCCCCCAAAGGGCAUCAGGUUAUAAUAAUCGUGCUCAGGCUCUUCGUCUUAAGGGGGAUGUCCAGGGUGCUUUAGAGGAUUUGAACAUGGCUAUAACACUAAGCAGUGGGUGUGGUUCAGUGGCUUGCCAGGCAUACACUCAGCGAGGCCUUAUCUACAAACUGGAAGGUGAAGAUGAAAAGUCUUUAGAGGACUUUAAACAUGCAAGCAGAUUGGGUGGUCAGUUUGCGAAACAGCAAGUUGUGGCCAUGAAUCCGUAUGCAGCAAUGUGUAAUCAAAUGCUCUGUGAAGUUAUGCAAAAAGUUCGUAAUGGAGAGGUUUAGUGUGGAAUACUUUCCAUAUCAAGAUUUUUUAGGUGUCCUGAGUUACUCAGGUGACCUAUUGCUGUCUGCUUUCAACAGUUGUUCUCUGUCAUCUGUCACACAAAACUUUCUAAAGAGAGAUAAUUAAUUUAUCAUGGUUGUAAAAUCCUGUUAAGAACCACUAUAUAAUUUCCUGAUCAAAGUGAAGAUUCAAAUUUGUUCUUACACUACUUUUCCCCCUUUCCAAUGCCUACAAAGGGGGUUGAUAAAGUGUUACACAGAAAUUAAUAGCACCAAGGCCAGAGACAAAGAAAUUCAAAUUUUCAUGUAAAAAUAAUGGGGGGGGGGGGGAUCUUCUUUCCAGAGCCUCAAAUCAUUACAUUUAUUUCCAAGCAUGUUCAUGUUAUGUAGAUAAAGAUUGUUCCAUUUUCUAAGUAAACACCCCCUCCCCCUUCCUGAAAGUAUGGCAUAAAAAAGAAGUUUAAGUUUUGGGAAUGAUAUCUAUAGGGAAAAUCUUUGAAUUUUUUUUCUUCUCAAGGACCUAAGGCUGUAAAUUGUCUUUAUAAUUUUAUAUGCAGUCAUCAUAUUGCAGUGUAGAAUUAAUUUUGGGGGCAAACAGUUCUUUAUAUUUAAAAAGAAAAUUCAUAGAAAUUCUCCCAAACAAGGCUUAAAAUUGCCAAAUUAUUACAAAAUUAUACCCCCCCCCCAAAUGAAGUUUAUUAUACCCCCCACAAAUGGAGUUAGUCAAAUUAAAAUACAUAAUUACUUGAUGGCCAGCUUUUUAUUUUCAAAUUUUAUUUGGUAUAUAAAGUUGUCUAGACUAAUUUAAUAUAAAUGUAUUUUUAUUUUAUUUUUUUAUAUCUCGGCAAACAAAUUGCAGAGUGUCAUGUCUCACAAAUAUGACAGAUGGUUGCAUUUAAGUUUUACAAUCUAGUAAAAAACUAUAUAAUGAUUAGUAUUUUAAUGUUUUAUGAGGCUGUGGCUCAAUAGUUCAUCAUUCAUUAAAAAAAUACGAUGAUCAACUUUGACUGUCAAUGAUAACAAAUUUUGAACACCUAGAUCCACAAACAUACUUUUGGUGACUUGGUACCUUUUCUGAAAUCCCAUUGGGGGUAUUUGUCCAUUUUGAAUAGUUCUAGUUUUCAUGUAGUGUAUAUUCAAAUUUGUCCAAAAUUUUGCCCAUAGGCACAGGUGCAGAUGCAUUUAGACUCCAGUACAUUUUAAUUAGUAGGAAAAAGAACACAUGUUAAAGACAAACACCACUUUAUAUUUGACUGUAUAGCAAGUUAUGAUUUAGUAAAGAAAAAAAUUAAGUCCAUUAAUAGUAUAAGUAAUAAAUAUAGCCUCUGACAUAUACAUGUAUUAAUGAUAAUACAUGGCAUCACAAAAUAUUUAUUAUGUAAAUAGAGGAUAUUCAAUGUUUUGUAGUUGGAUAUGGAAUUUAUUUCACGAGUGGGACAGGAUUUUUGAUAUUUUCACGAGUGCAAAGCACGAGUGAAAAUAUAAAAAAUCCUGUCUCACGAGUGAAAUUAAUUCCAUAUCCAACUACAAAACAUUGAAUUUUCUGUUUAUUACAUUUUGUUUGAUUUUCCCUUUGCCUCUGUCUUUUCGUAAGACAUUGUCAUAGGCUGUGACGUCAUAGUUGAGCGGUUGAGAUGUCAUAGCGAAAACAUUGUAAUAUGGAUUUUAGCAACAUAUUUGGGAAGAAAUAGGCAGUUUUAGUCUCUAUCAAAAUGGUUUAGUUACUAUAUCUUAUUACCGGCCAAUAAUCAUUUUUAGCUCACCUCAACGAAGUUGGGGGAGCUUAUGUAAUACCCUUGGCGUCGGCGUCAGUGUCGGUGUUGGCGUCGGCGUCCCAGGUUAAGGUUUUUGGAGCAGUUUUCUUUUCAAGUACUUCUAUGGCCUAUAUUAGUCAGAGAUGCAUGGAGGAUGCUUCUAGUGUGUUUCAUUGUACCAGUCAAGGUUUCAGAUGCUGCAAUUUCAGCUGAAGAAUGACCAGGUUAAUGUUUUUGGAGCAGGUUAAAGUUUUUGGAGCAGGUCUCAUUUUCAAGUAACUAUAAGCCCUAUAUUGACCAAACUUGCAUGGAUGAUAUAUCUAAGGAUGCACACUACUGAACUUGCUUCGGAUGCUGGAUCUGACCUACAUUUUCCGGAUGAGUGACCAGGUUAAGGUUUUUGGAGCAGAUCUCAUUUUCAAGUAACUAUAAGCCCUAUAUUGACCAAACUUGCAUGGAUGAUACAUCUAAGGAUGCACACUACUGGACUUGCUUCAGAUGCUGGAUCUGACCUAUAUUUUCCGGAUGAGUGACCAGGUUAAGGUUUUUGGAGCAGAUCUCAUUUCCAAGUAACUAUAAACCCUAUAUUGACCAAACUUGCAUGGAUGAUACAUCUAAGGAUGCACACUACUGGACUUACUUCAGAUGCUGGAUCUGACCUAUAUUUUCCGGAUGAGUGACCAGGUUAAGAUUUUUGGAGCAGAUCUCAUUUCCAAGUAAAUAAAAGGCCUAUAUUGACCAAACUUGCAUGGAUGAUACAUUUAAGGAUGCACACUACUGGACUUGCUUCGGAUGCUGGAUCUGACCUAUAUUUUCUGGAUGAGUGACCAGGUUAAGGUUUUUGGAGCAGAUCUCAUUUCCAAGUAUCUAUAAACCCUAUAUUGACCAAACUUGCAUGGAUGAUACAUCUAAGGAUGUACACUACUGGACUUGCUUCGGAUGCUGGAUCUGACCUACAUUUUCCGGAUGAGUAACCAGAUUAAAAUUUUUGGAGCAGAUCUCAUUUCCAAGUAACUAUAAGGCCUAUCUGAUCAAAACUUGCAUGGAUGAUGCAUCAAGGGACGAACAAUCUCAAAACUUGCUUCGGAUGCUGGAUUUGACUUACAUUUUCUGGAGGAGUGACUAGUUUUAAGUUUUCAGAUAAGUCUAUUACCAAGUAACUCAAGCCCUAUCAGACCAAAAUCGCAUAAAUGUUGCAUCUAGGGAUGCACACUCCUAGAUUAUUAGUUUAGUGUGGGACUUUGCCUUACUUAAAGGCAACAUUCGUUGAGGUGAGCUCUGUAAUCUCUGAUUACCUAUGUUUUUUACUUGUUAUCCUUUCACACUGUGAGAGAAUAUCACUUUGCAGUAUCCUUUCACACUGUGAGAGAACAUCACUUUUAUUCAAUAAAUAAAUCACAGUAUUUCACUGUUGAAAAUGUAAUAAACCCUUUUUUACAAGUCUAAUUUGCAGAAUAUCCAAGUUUCAAGAGCAUUCAUUUGUUACAUUCAUUAUCAUGGGUCUUAUAAUCUUGUCCUUCUUAGAUGGACUUAAAACAUUCUUACAUUUCAUUUAUCUCUCCCUCUCUAUAUGUUAAUGUUGUACCUUUGAAUGCCCAAAAAUUGGAAAUAAGUUAUUUACUUAAUUACAGUAACUAAUACUUGUAGUGGGUAAAGAAAAAAAACACGAUGAGACAUCCAGGUGACCAUAAAGGCUCAUGGGCCUCUUGUUAUUAUUCAUUUUUUCCCUUAAAUACUGAAUAUAAAGAAUCUCAUGUUGACAUUAUUGUCAAUUUUACAGACAUUUCAUUUUAAUCAGUGGCGGAUCCUGGAAUCUUGAAAAGGG